AUGACAUCUUACAUGGCGGACAAAAAUUACUUUGCAUGGGCUAUGUGUGUGGUGAUGAUACUCACCGGCGCACUCAACACUAUCUUUGCAAAGUGGAGCGACUCCAUUAAGGUUGAUGAUGCUUUCUUCAACCAUCCAUUUCUUCAGACAAUGGCCAUGUUUUUUGGAAUGAUCUGGUGUAUGGUUGCGUAUUUCAUUCAUUUUGGCUACCGAAAAUAUAGGUGGAACAAGGCGAAAGGAGAAAGAAGUGCUGCAGAAGAGCCAAAAGUGCACAGGUUCAAUCCUUUUGUCUUUCUUCCUCCUGCAGUAUGUGACGUCGUGGCAACGGCAGUGGUUUACAUCGGCCUGAACCUCACCACUGCCAGUAGUUAUCAGAUGUUACAGGGGGCGCUUAUCAUUUGCACCGGAUUACUAUCGAUACUCAUGUUCAGAAGACGUAUUGAGUAUUACCAGUGGUUUGGAAUGAUCGUGGUCGUCAUAGGUCUGGCCAUCGUAGGAGUAACAGACGUGGUUAUGGGUGCUGAAUCAAACCAUUCGAGCUCUGAGGUCAUGAUUGGCAAUAUUCUUUGCGUUGUGUCACAGAUUGUGGUCGCUCUGCAACUUGUGCUCGAAGAGAAAUAUUUAAAUAAGUACGACGUAGAAGCUCUUUUUGCCGUAGGACUUGAAGGCAUUUAUGGGUUCAUAAUUCUUCUUAUCAGCUUGGUACCUCUUUAUUAUAUUCACGUCGGUGCAACAUUCUCUACCAACCCGUACGGUCGCCUGGAGGAUGUGGGCUAUGCAUGGGAUCAAAUCUGCAAGGAUCCUAUGAUUGCAGUAUCCUUAGCCUGUAUGAUUGUAAGUAUCGCCAUCUUCAAUUUUGCUGCUAUCAAUGUCACUAAAGAACUUUCUGCAACUACUCGAACAGUGGUUGACACUAUUAGGACGAUAUUGGUAUGGGCAGUCAGUGUGCCUGUCUUCCAUGCAAAAUUCAUACCUUAUCAGAUCAUUGGCUUUUUGCUACUACUGCUAGGCAUGUUCAUCUACAACGAUAUGAUAAUAAAUCCAUGGAUCCGCCGAAAAUUCUUACCCAGUAUAGAAGAUCCCGAUCCUGGAACUUGUGCUAGGUGCUGCUUUGCGUUUUGUGGUAUGAAACGCGCAACCAAACCUGAGGUAGAGUUGAACGGUGAUUUGAUAUCAGAAGAAAAGGCUUAGUAUUUAUCACGAUGGGAUGAUGCAAAUAAUAAGGCAAAUCAAUCAUAAUCACCCAAUCACACAAUUCUAAAUUUGUACAUCUCUAUUAUUUCCGUCUUUAUUUCAACGUCACACAAAAUUCCAUCACUCCAUCAUCAUGCUUCCAUGUAGCUACAGUUCUCGGAUGUCAUACUGUAAAAAGAAGUUUUAGUGAUAGAUCGUUCUUGUUUACAUUUUUCACUUUUGUUGUUAGACUAACUGAUUUGCAUAUCCUCAU